AUGGAGAGCGAUUCUACAAGUAUUACCGAAACUCCGUCGUUUGUAAAGCCAGAAGAACCUCCAAAGUACUUUGGAAUAGAUAUAGACGGGACGUUUUAUACGGGCAACGAGGAGGCAUGGGAGAAGAAUGUUGAAGCUUUUGCAGAGGUCAGGAAGAAGGGCUAUACGCCAUUCUUUUGUACAAGUAGGUCCUUGGAUUCUACACUGAGUCUUGUUGGAAAUGAUUUUGUGAAAAAGACAGGAUAUAAUGGCUGCCCAGGUGUUUACGAAAACGGAGUAUUCGUAUAUGGUGAUAAAGAUGCCUUGUAUAUGAAUGUAUUAUCAAGACAUUUCUUGAACGAUUUUAUUAGAUUUCUUCCCGAAGAUUCCCUGAAUAGAGUGAUAUUCUUCCAACGGGAUGAUUCGUAUUCACUCGUUGAUACUGAUCCCUGGAUAAAAACUAUUUUAAAAGGAAAUGAAUUACCAGCCACUCAAGUUAAAACGCUUGAUGAAAUUUUGAAUCUUGAUAUAAUAAAGAUAAUGAUAUAUAGUGAUCCUUCUUUGCUUGUCAACCUUAGAAAAAAUGUAGGAUUUAAUGCAUUUAUGUUACAUAAUAACUUGUUUAUGAUCUCGCCACUUGAUCUGAAUAAAUCUCUCGGUAUUAAUCAACUCAUGGAGAACUAUGGUAUCUCUCCAAAAGAUUGCGGAUUCAUAGGGGAUGGUCAUAAUGAUAUAGAGGCAAUGAAGUUUUGCAAUGUCUCAUUUGCGGUAGCAAAUGCACCAGAUGAAGUUAAGAAGCAUGCAAAGAUUGUGCUGGACAAAACCUGUGACCAAGGAGCAGUUGCAGAGGCCCUCAAACUCACAUAUGGGCUCUGA